AUGAGUGAUAAAGGACCCAUAAUCUUUUUACAGCCUUUAAUUGCACCUCAGCCAAUAGCAAUUAAUCUUCUUCCUCACGGGCGCAUUCUGCCUUACUGUGGGAGUCUGCCUCAUACUGUCUGCAAACAGCGUCAGAGAAAUCCAGAUUAUUCAGAUAAAUGCUCAGACUGUUCAAAAUUCCGUGAAAAUUCCUCUAACUGGAAUAAGGAAUGCCUUUGUUCUGUUAAUUUCACGCUAAAGGAAGAUAUAUUGGGUGAUGUUUUUAUGUACUAUGGUCUGCAAAACUUCUAUCAAAACCAUCGUCGAUACAUGAUCUCCAGAAGUGACGCACAAUUGUUGGGUCGAAAUGUAAAUAUUCAGAGGAGCUACUGUGCACCCUUCACCACCUACAAAAAUGGGACCCCCAUGGCGCCGUGCGGGGCUAUUGCCAACAGCAUGUUCAAUGAUACUAUUGAUCUUUUUUACAAUCGUAACUCAUCUGUGAUUCAAGUGCCACUGCUGAAGACUGGAAACAGUUGGUGGACAGAUAAAAAUGUGAAAUUUCGCAAUCCUGAAUCAUACAAUCUCUCUUCUGCAUUUGCAGGGACAGCAAGACCUCCUUACUGGCAGAAGCCAGUGUAUUUGUUAGACGAGGGAGAUGAGAGGAACACGGGUUAUGUCAAUGAUGACUUCAUCAUCUGGAUGCGAGUGUCAGCCUUUGCCACGUUCAGAAAUCUUUACCGCCGUGUCAGGCGGAUCAGGCACUUUGCGGAUGGCCUGCCAGCAGGGAAUUACACGUUCCGGAUUUCCUACAAUUUCCCUGUUUCCAAAUUCAAGGGAAGGAAGCACGUGAUCCUCUCAACCGUGGUAUGGAGUGGAGGAAGUAACCCAUUCCUGGGAAUUGCCUACGUGGUUUCUGGCACAGCAGCAACCCUGGCAGGUUUUGUCAUAACUGCCAUCCACCUGAAGCUCAGAAAAAAGAAAACAUACUUUCAGAGGCAGUAAGGUUCCCUGGCUUUCUGAACAAAAGCAAAGGUGUGCUGUGAACGAAGAACGUGCAGCCCAGACCUUUCAUUCUUUCCCCUGAGCUCUGGACCUGUUUCAGUAUCAGGUUUGGUGAAUGUAAGCAAACUGGUGCUCUUCCAUCAUCUCAAACCAAACUUACGUGAGGCAGGAUUCUUAGUAGUGUGUGUGUGUGUGCUCCUGAAUUUGUUCCCUAGGAAACUUGUAGUGAGAUGAGCUUCAAACAACAGAUAACAUAGUGGAUUAGAAUUGCAAUGGCAAAGAGAUAUGGUACUAAUGUGUGGCCAGGAGUAGGGGUCCAUAUUAGUUUCUUACUCAGCCCAUAAUUCAAAAAACAUUUCUUUUGACUUAAAUGGAGCUUUGGAUGGGUAAAAAGUGAGGACUUGAUCCAACAAAAUGCUUGAGCAGGUAGAACUUACUGCUAAAAUCUGUUUGUGAGCCACAUACAUGUGCUGAAUGGCUUGGGCUUUAUAUACCUUUUUCAGCUAUCCUGAAAAAGCAACCAAUUUAGCACAGCACAUUCAUUGAUACUCAAUUUAUGAUUGAAUUGAGCUUGAUAUUCAAUUUAUAAGUGAAUACAGGUCAUUUAUUAGGAGUUCAGAGUUUGUUUAGACCAAAUUUAUUGGUUUUGUCUAGGUACUGAGAGCUGGAGGGCAUCAAAACACUGAUUUACAAUUUUUUUAAUCAUGGUGUAAUAAAAAGCUUAAAUUAAAAACUCCUUUAAUUCUAAAUAUUUUAGCAGAAACAUCUACCUGAUAUGACUACAAGGCCACAAUUACACUCCUACCUACCUCACCCUUCCACGUGAAAGUUCACAGAUCUUACAUGUCAUAGAAUGGUGACUUAUUGUCAAUAGAAAACAAAGAACCAGAAAGCCUGUCAACUUAAUUUUGAGAAAGUAAACACUGCAGCUCAUGAAUAGGCUUGUCAUUUUUCAUGUUUCAUGUUCAAAAUUUUACAUAUUUAGGAGUUAAUUUCGAGUCUCUCACAACAUGAAGGAACACCACUGAAGAAUUUAGGUCAAGCAUACCGUGGUACAUCCAAAUUUUUUAAAACAAUUUUUCUGUUGCAAAAGCGCAAAUGGAAUAAAACACUUUGAUAAGUAUUAUGUGUGACUUGCCUCCCUUUAUCCUAAGGAAACUUCACAUUAGAACAAGAAAGAAAUCACAGACUAGAGCAGGAGA